CUAUUAAGGUACCAUAAUACACACAGACUAUUUGGAGAUAAAGCUUCCCCAAAUUCCAACCUGACUCACAUUGUGAAAACACAAUUAGUUGUCCACGAGGCCACCAUUGUCAUCCUCAUUUGUAUACAAAAUCAAAUCAAACCAACCAGAAAUCUACCAGAGACACUACAUAUUAUCCCCCCCCCAAAAAAACAGAGACUAUGACACAGUCCGUGAAGGCGGCGGUGAUCGGAGCCGGAGUCGCCGGCCUCCUCGCCGCCCGCGAGCUUCAAAGAGAAGGCCACCGAGUCACUAUCUUCGAAAAAUCGGACCGACUCGGCGGCUCAUGGGUUUACGAUCCCCGAGUUGAAGAUGACCCACUCGGGCUCGACUCAGAUAGAGAGAUUGUUCACAGUAGUGUUUAUCUCUCGCUUCGCACGAAUUUUCCCAGACACAUAAUGGGAUUUUCCGACUACCCAUUCGGGAAAAUUGGGGAUCCGAGGAAUUUUCCAGGGCAUGAAGAGGUGGUUUCGUUUUUGAACGAGUUUGCGAGGGAGUUUGGACUCGUUGAGUUGAUUCGGUUGGAGACUGAGGUUGUACGAGUUGAGGCUGUUGUUGACUCGGUGUGGGUGGUUGAGUCGAGAACGAGCGGGGUGAGUUUGGAGGAGGUUUUUGAGGCUGUGGUGGUUUGUAAUGGUCAUCAUACUGAACCCAGAUUGGCCAAUCUUCCAGCAGGUAUAGAGAGAUGGCCCGGAAAGCAAGUGCAUAGUCACAAUUAUCGUAUUCCCGAACCAUUUCGAGAUCAGGUUGUGGUUAUGAUUGGAGAUGGACCGAGCGCGCAUGAUAUAUCUAGGGAUAUUGCAACAGUGGCCAGAGAAGUUCAUCUCUCAUCAAGAUCCCCUGAUGUUGAAGUCUCAAAAUUAAAUAACCACAACAAUGUAUGGCAGCAUUCAAAGAUUGACCAGGUCUAUGAAGAUGGUACAGUAUCAUUUCAGGAUGGAAUUUCCAUCCACGCAGAUAUCAUUUUCCAUUCUACUGGGUACAAAUACCAUUUUCCGUUUCUUAGAACAAAUGGAAUUGUAAGUGUUGAGGACAACCGUGUUGGACCACUCUACAAACAUGUCUUCCCCCCACAGCUUAGUCCUCAGCUUUCUUUUGUUGGCAUACCUUAUCGGGCAAUUUUAUUUCUAAUGAUGGAAUUGCAAUCGACGUGGAUAGCACGAGUUUUAUCUGGUAAGGUCCAUUUGCCAUCCAAAGAGGAGAUGUUGGCCGAUGUUCAACAACAUUACCAGUGUAUGGAGGAAUGUGGGAUCCCCAAGCACCAUACCCAUCGUCUUCAUCCGAAUGAGUUUGAGUACCUGGACUGGCUUGCUGCUCAAGUGGGAGUACUCCCGGUGGAGGAGCGGCUAAGAGAGAUAUAUUGGCAAAUCUGUAAAACCAUUGCUAGUCCGACAGGCCACACGUUUAGAGAUGAAUGGGUUUGCCCUACACAGCAUAUAAAUUAACAAGGCCUUGUUUUGUAAGAGUGAAAUUUCACAGACAGAACUAUCAAAGUAAGAUAUUGCUUUGUAGGAGUGUAUUAGAUAAUAAAGAAAUUGAUGUCUAAAGAAAAAGGUAAUAACCCAGCAAAAAUAAAUAAAUAGAGAUAAAGAUAAUAAAGAAAUUAUGUGUAGCCCCAGAAAAAGGAAAAGAAAUAGCUAAACAAAUGCAUGUGCAACUGCCAUUGUAAUGUAUUGUGAGGAAGUUUUCUCAACAGAUUCUGGUUGUUAAAAGAUUUCAAGUGUAUGAAGUUAUAAGAUUUUAUUCUAUGGAUC